AUGGAGCUCCGCCUGCGCGGCACCACCGUCCCAGACGGCCACACGCGGCGGCAGGCGCCCGUGGCGAGGCUGCGCCGCACGCCCGUGAGGCUCCCGACCGACCCGGAGAGGAUCGCGGAGCCCGUCCUCGUGGAGGUCAUGAAGGUGGUGGCGUCUGCGCAGCUCGUGCUGCAGAAGGGGCAGGCGAACUACUCUCUGCACGCGAAGAGCACCGAGGCAGAAGGCGAGGACGCCGGCGGCGGGUUCGACAUCAGCCUGCAGCUGCAGGGGCUGCUGGGCGCUCUCGGCGACGGGGGCAGCGGCGACGCCGCCGCAGCGCAGGGCGGGGAGCCUGGCGCGAGCGCGGCCGACCUGGCGAAGGUCUACCUUGAGGAGACGGGCGUCGUGCGCUACUUCCAGGCCAUGGUGCAGGCGAUGGUUCACGACAGGCCCCGGGACCCGUACCUGUACAUGCUUGAGCAGCUGCAAUCCAGGGCAGAGCUGUGGGUGUACAGUCCGGAAAACGGGCUCCCCAUAGCGAUUCGUCGGACGCCCACGAUCGGGGACGAUGAGUUAGUCGAUGCAGCCAGCUAUCAGAUGACGCCAGGCGAGCAGUUCAGGGCAAUCGAGACGCGGGAAGGCGCAGACGGCGUGCUCUUCCUGAGACUCGCGGAUGGCAGGGGAUGGCUCUUCGACAGGAAGCCUGGUGUCGGGAGGAUGUGCGAGAGGGCCCGCGAGGAGGUCCCAGCCGGCGCGGCGCCGACGCAGGCGAGGCCACCAUCGAAGGCGAGCGUCGAGGGCAGAAGGCGGCUGGGCUCGCCGAGGUCCAGAGCGGAGGUCCGCAGGAGGCUGAAGCAGGGGCUGCGCCAGGCGUGCCUCGGCGGGGAGUUCCAGAGGGCAUUCGAGGAGGUCAUGGGCGCCGAGCCGGCUGGCGCGGGAGCCCCGCGGGAGGCGGCGCCAGGGCGCGCGGCCAGUGCCGAGCACGGCCCCGGGCAGGAGAUGGGAGCCGCGCUCGAGGAGGCGUUCGGUAGCGGCCAGCCGCAGACGGUGCUCGCCGGGGGCAGCGGCCGCAGCGCCGCGGAGCCCGGGGAGGCCCGGGCGGCGGCGGCGAGAGGGGGGAGCCAGGCCACGGCGGGCGGCGCCGUGGGCACCGCGCCCCAGGACGCCCGGGCGGGGGUGGCGCGCAGGCCGAGCAGGAUCACCGCAGAAGGCGGUCCGCCGGCGGUGCCGGUGCACCACGGCCAGAGCGAUGCUGUGAGGCUGCGGGCUCGAGGCAUGCUGGAGGAGCGGUGCUCUGACGGCACCCUGGACGCGCUGUUCAUGGAGGCGAUGGGCACCGGGGGGCGCCCUCAGGAGGCCUGCCGCGUGCCACUGCCAGCGGAGCCGCCAAAGAUGGAGCUUCUCUCGCAGGCCCUGCCUUGCGCCGACCCGGCUGGAGUCCAGAGAGAGCUCCAAGCGAUGAAGGGAGACAGCCACGCCCUCUACGAACAGCUCAGCCUUCUCAAUCAGCACACUGAGAAGCUGAAGCUAGAUCAUACUGCUCUGCAUGACAGACUCGACGACGUCAAAGUUCUGGAAUGA